AUGGACCCUAUUCUAUUCACUUCACCUGGUCGCAUCCGCAUUCUUCUAGUACCUGUACACCCCAUCAAAGCGUCUACCUUUCAGAAACAUGUAGAGCUUGUUAAGAACUUCAAUGUAGUCAAAUUGGGUGAUGUAACCCCCGACAUGCGUGGCUCUCAGUCGAUGUUUAGCCCUGCGCUAUUCCAUGAGGGACAAUUGCUCUUUAAUUUUGUAACGACUUAUGAUGUUGAACACACGUAUCUUGAGGAAUUUCAGUUGCAUCGGAGAAUAUUUGGGGUAAUCGGUAUAAUGGAUUGUCAAGAAUGGCCUGAAUUAACAGAUGGAUACCGAAAAUUCGCGGGAAUACUCAAGAAUUAUCCAUCAGCGCUAGCGCAUCGAUGCUUUGCGUUUGAUCCCUCCGAACACCAACCUGAUGACACGAAAGGCUUAAUCAUGAUACCAACUGUCGGAAAUAUGGGAUUCUAUAUGAGUACAAUGAUUUGCGAUUUUGCUAGUACAAUUCUAACCGAAUUCGGUAGCUUGGUUGAAACAAUAGAAUCAAAGACUUUUAUUGAAUCCCCCAAAGUACCUUCGUUAUUUUCGUCUCCAUUGUUAUCUCCGAAUGGCCAACUCCCUAGUCAUCGAUAUUCCACUCCUACGAUAUCAUUUACAGCGCCUGAUUUAACGUCACCUCAAACUCCGUCCUUUCCAUUGACACCUCCAUCUCAAGUCCUGACUGCAAGCAGCAUUGGCAGUAUGACGGCUGCUGCCAAUGCAAAAGAUCAAUUUCAUGGGAGAUCAUUUUCCUCUUCGACACUCGCCACUCUCUCGAAUCCGUCAUCAAUCAUGCCUACCAGCAUGUCUGACCUGAAGCUCAAACGAAGGACACCAGGAAGGGUUCAAAAAUUGCUGGCCGAUCUAUAUCUAUUGGCUGGAAGGCUGCCCGACGCUGUUUCAAACUAUUAUUCUGCAAUAGAAACUACCAAGUCCAAUUCAGACUAUUUAUGGCACGGAGCAGCAUUAGAAGGCCUCUGCGUCAGUCUUGUAUUAUUAGCAUAUUUGCAUGCUGAUAUUGGGCCGCAAGUACUCCAGGCGCCACCUUCUCCGAGUGUCAGCCAGUCUUCUUCUGCGCCAUCAUCACCGACAAAUCCCAAACCGCUUUGGGCAGAUAUAGCAGAAAAAUAUCUGAACGUAAUAACUUUAUAUGCAAAAACUUCGAAUUCGAUUAAUAAUCAAGUGCCUUCAAUAGUAUAUACCGAGGCAUGUCUAAAAAUGUCUAAAAUGCUCGCUUGUAUAUGGUUGGCCGGUGAAUGGGGAGACGAAGCACUAAAAAUGAUAGUUCAUGGAGUAAUGCCUACGGACAAAGCGGUUAGAGAAAAAUGGGGUUUGAGUCAAGUUAGCGGUGUCUCUAGAGUAGAGAUUGCCCAGUGGGCUAUGAAAGGAUACGGGAUAUUCGUGGAAGAAAUGUCUACGACGGAGCAGAUUCACGUCAAUACAUCUCUUGCAUCAAUAUUCUCUUCUAUUAAUUUCCAACGAAAGUAUGCCUUCUUUCUUCGUCGUAGUGUUUUCUUAAUACUACCUCUCCUAUCAAGAUCGCGUCUUCCUCUUGCUCAGGCAGGAAAGACAUCUAUAGUCGAGGAUGACCGCUUGCUCGGAAAUCUGAAGCAAAUCGUUGACAUUUAUGGUGUUGGAGAUGAUGAUGAAGAUCAAAAAGGUGAAUUGUCUGCGACCGAGGAAGACGCUCAAAACAACUUUGGUUGGCCUGAUAUUCAGAUAAACGUUCUUAAGGAUGCUAUUAUGAUAUCGGAAUCCAUUCCAGAUUUCCAUUCUAUUGCAAAAUACACUAGUAGGCUAUUACGAAGGUUAUUUCUAUAUCUUCCACGUGAAGAACAACAUCGCCUCUCUGUAUCCCUGCCGCGUAUCGUUGGCUUAGCUAAGAAGCAGGACAUUGAUAUGCAGAUCAAAUAUUGGGGAAUAAAUGUUGUACGUGAAGUACGAGUAUGUCGUCCAUCACCAAAGGAAAUACCGUAUCCGCAUUCUGGGAAGAUAUUAAGCCAAUCUGAUGUUAAAAAAGAAGGAAACGAUGGACCUUUUAUCUAUAAUCCGUUCAGCAAGAAGAAUGCAGAGACAGUUCAGACACACCUAGUUGCCAAUGAAACUGCGUAUUUCAUUGUCGUUCUAGCCAACGUGUAUGCUGUUGACCUGGAGAUACAAAGCAUUAGUUUAAGCACUGAAGGAGUGCCAUUUGCGCCGAAUGUGAUUUCUACUACUAUACCGGCCAAUACUUCUGUGAAUGUGAAAUUAUCUGGUGUUCCAACUGAAGCUGGCGAAUUGAUUAUACGCGGGUGCAAGAUAAAAAUAUACGGCUGUAUCGAACAAGAGUUUUACGUGUACGUGCCUCCAAAGGAAGAAGAAAUCAAGAAAGAGGACGAAUAUGGAAAACGAGUUAAAAAAAGGCAUGUGCACCACACGAUGUGGCUAGCGUUUGUAAUGUGGUUCUUUUAUUAUUUGACUGACAUAUGUUUAAACCAAAGUGGGCUGGCCAUAUUAUAUCGUCAUCGAAGAGAUGAUUCCCGUGCGAGUACAGGAACGACAUCUUCGCAGGAGAAGCAGCAGAUGGAAUUUCUUAGAGUGACUGUUAUUCCCGAUCAGCCAUUGUUGAAAAUUAAAUCCACAUCUUUGAUGCACAGAGCAAUUAUGCUGUUUGAGGGAGAAAAGACAGAGAUGACCAUCGCGUUGGCCAACAUCGGCAAAACACCAAUUGAUUUCAUAACAUUAUCUUUUCAUGACUCUACCAUUGCUAAUGCUCAAGCAAUUUUGAGUUCAUCUGAUAUACCACCAGAAGAGGCAUAUGAGAUGGAAUUUUACGCGCAUAAACAAUCGGUAUUCUCCUGGAAUCAGUCGGAUCAGCAAGUGAAUUUAUUACCUGGAGGAGAAUGGCUGCUUACAAUCAAUGUAUUUGGCAAAAGGGACUGUACGAGUGGCACGAUACAAAUAGAUUAUGGAUAUCUUAACCAGGAACAAUCGCCUAAUAACGAUACAUUUUAUACGCGUCAAGUGUUUUAUCCUGUAUUGUUAACUGUCAAUCGAAAUCUAGAACCAUUGGCCAUGGACUUAUCCAACUUUAAACCUUUGCCUGAUGUAUCUAGCAAUGAUAGUGUACAGCCUAUCGAGCAUAUGAGGCAAAUUGAAGAAUUACUUAGAGCAGUUGAUGCUUCGGGCCAAACAUUAGAUAAAUCUCGGCUGGAAAGCGAAUAUUGUUUAUUGACUUUUGAUAUUAGGAACGUAUGGCAUGUGCCCUUUGAUGUUACUUUUACAGUUGAUGAAGGAGCAUCGGGCAGAGUAGUCACGAAUUCAACGACAAUUCAACCGUUAUCUACUUCUCGGAUCGUUCUUCCUAUCCAACGCAUUUCUUUGACUGAAGGUGAGGUAACAAAACCCAUACCAUCGAUACUAGAUAAGCAAUUUGUAGUAUCGAAAGCACCCAAGGGCACAGCGGAACAAGAGAGAUUGCAACUUGCCUUAUUUUGGUAUAGGGAGACUUUGCUAAAAAGGUUGACCACUUCCUGGGAUUGCGUAUCCUUUGUUCUCCAUACUGUUGUUGUUCGACAAGUUUCUUUGUUUUUGAUAAGCAUCCUGAACAAGCGAACAUUUCGAUAA